AAAACGUCAAGAGGGCGAGAGAGAGAGAAAGAGAGAAAGAGAGAAAGAUAGUGAGAGCGAGAGACCCCCCCCCUGAUGGAUGAUGGAUACGUAACCAAAAAACCGUGUAAUCUUCGACUCGCAGCCACGAUGCGCCGGCGUCCUUCUUGCCCAUCCACGACCACCUACCUAACUACCUACUCCUUCUCGUUCGUCGCCAUGGCCUCCGUGACUGUCCUCGUCCUCCUCGGCCGCCCGCCAUGCUUCGAUACCGGCCCACCGAGAUCCGCCUGACGCCUCAGGAGAUCGAUGCCACCUUCAGCCGUUUGGCAGCGCGGCCGCGGCAGGGCGCAGCAACUGCUGCGAGCACAGGCCCUCGCAUCCGUCGUGGCCCCAGGCGCCUUCGCGACGACUCCCUCGUGCACCCCAGUGCCACGGCCCAUCCGCCGCCUUGUACUGCGGAACGCGUGCCGCCUCAUCCGGACGGCCAUGGCCCUGAGAAGCAAGCAGUGCCUCAAUGCGAUGGCUGUGAAGAUACAGAGUCCGCCUUCCCCGUGUGGUUCCACCCCAAAUUAGCUACAACUUCACCUGGCAUCGGCGAUAUCUUCAACAUGGCUCAGCUGAAUGCCGCCUUGGGAAAUUCAGAAGCAAUCCCGUCGAUCCGCCUCCCCUCUCCCCAAGGCUCAAGGCAUCAUUCCCCCAAGCGUCAUUCUCUACCAAUCCUGCCAAGUCUCCCAUCUUUUGGGCCCCUCGUACGCUCGUCGAGUCUUGGUCAAGCUUCAGAACACAGCAGUUGUAACGCGUCGCGUACCCCGUCUUUCCGGCUCAGCCAGGACUCUACUCCAGAUCUUUUGCUUCCCUUACUGAAGUCUACAGCCUCUACCACUCACCAAAGCAGGCAAACCAGUGUCAGUUCCUCCGUUGAUAACUCUUCGGAAAACAGUGCAGCUAUUCUCGACUUGAUUCGCCAGGAUCUAUCCCCGCUUGACCGUCUUGAGCAGGGACUUAACUCAGAGAUUCCUCACGCCCCAUCUGCACGUAGUUCUCGAGCAUCGUCGAUCCCCCGAGGCGAGCUUAGGAUGCCUCUGUUCAAUUCGCCAGAGCGUCGAUCUCCUCAGCAUCGCAGGUUUGCUCGAUUUCGCAAUACGCCCACCUUUGCAGAAUUGCCGAGUGCAUCACCAGCAUACCGCGACGGUCUAUCUUCACAAAUCGGCUUCGAACCAUCUUCGCCAGUGACAUCAUCCGAAGCUUUCGUUGAUCGCUAUCCCGGCAAUGAUAGAAAUUACAGUCUUGACCCUCGUCAGUCUCGCCUGUCUGUACCUAUUUACGGUGCUACGUCCAUGCCUUCUCUGCAUCUCUCACGCCCGUCCCGCCGACGUGCAUCUGGCUACACUCUGUUCCAUACGGCACGGAACAACCACGGCGGAGGUAAUCCCUGGGUACGAGGAGGUGAAGGAAUGGCAGAAACCCGUCGUAAUACGAUCAGCGGACAGCGGCAUAGAGCGCACCGAUCCGUCUCUGCUAGAAUGCUUCCCCCGUGGCAGGACGAGCAGGAAAAUUCCGGACGCGCUGAACACUUGGAAAUGAUGGCAGAAGCUCAAGUACGCAGAAGAUAUGUCGAACAGACUGACAACGGCAGGCUGGACAGGACACCGCCUGGCUUGGGCAGAUUCGAAAGAAGGAUCUUCCAAGAAUAGCAGUGAAUUGCAGGAGAUCAGGCACAGCAUCACAGCAUAAAUUAACUUGUGAAUUGGUAGGUAAUAUGGAGGCUAACCUGGAACGUAGGCUCAGAAGACAGCAGUAGAGGUAG